AUGACACCCGAAGCCGAGAAAGUCGACGUCCUCAUCUGCGGCAGCGGCUCGGCCGGCCUGUGUGCCGCCGUCUGGCUCGCCCGCUUCGGCAUUAACUACAAGAUCCUCGAGCGCCGCGACGGCCCGCUCAAGGUUGGGCAGGCCGACGGCGUGCAGACCCGGACCGUCGAGAUCUUCGACAGCUUCGGCAUCGCCGAGGACCUGCUCAAGGAGGCGUAUCAUGUGCUGGAGGUGGCCUUUUGGUCACCCGACCCGGAUGCUGGGGGGAUUAGGAGAACGAGGUAUGCAGCGGACAAGGAGACGGCUAUCAGCCACCAGCCGCAUGUCAUUCUGAACCAGGCGCGGUUGAACGCGCUGAUGAUGGGGACUCUGGGGGCGGCGCCGCCGGUGGAGUAUCAGUGUGAGGUUAAGGGGUUGGAAGUGGACAGCGUUGCGGCGAAGGAUCCAGAUGCGUAUCCGGUGAGGGUGAGCGCGGUACACGAUGGCAAAGAGAAGAUCUAUCAGGCCAAAUACGUAUUGGGCUGCGACGGCGCGCACAGCAUCAUCCGCAAGUCGCUCGGCUUCAAGAUGGUCGGCGACAGCACCGACGCCGUCUGGGGCGUGAUGGACAUCUACCCACGCACCGACUUCCCGGACAUCCGCAAGAAGUGCGUCAUCAACUCGGCCGCGGGUAGCAUCCUCAUCGUGCCGCGCGAGGGCGACGCCAUGGUCCGCUUCUACACCGAGCUCCCCGCAGGCGCCAAGGUCGGCGACAUCAGCCUCGAGCGCCUGCAGAACCACGCGCGCAAGGUGUUCCACCCGUACACGGUCGACUUCGCCGAGACCUUCUGGUGGUCGGCGUACGCCAUCGGCCAGCGCCGCGCCGACUUCUUCCACCGCGACCACCGCGUGUUCCUGACGGGCGACGCCUGCCACACCCACUCGCCCAAGGCGGGGCAGGGCAUGAAUGUCAGUCUGCAGGACGGGCAUAAUAUCGGCUGGAAGCUGGGCAUGGUGCUCAAGGGGUUGGCGCUCCCGGAGCUGGUCGAGACGUAUGUGCUGGAGCGGGAGCGCACGGCGACCGAGUUGAUUGCGUUUGACCGCGGGUUUACGAAGUUGUUCAACUCCAAGUACCGCGAGGAGAAUCAGGUGUCGCCGCAGCAGGUUGCUGAGCAGUUCAUCAAGGCGGGGAGGUAUACUGCUGGACAGGCGGUGCGCUACGAUCCUUCGGUAACGACAGCGGUUAGUGAGCACGACAAUGAGAUUGUGUCUAAGGUGACGGUCGGCAUGGCGUUUCCCAGCGCGCAGGUUGUGCGGUUCUGUGACGCCAAGGCUAUGCAGCUGGUCAAGGGGCUCCCGGCGAACGGGAGGUGGUAUGUUGUGGUGUUCGCGGGUGAUGUGUCGAAGCCGGAGAUAGCGGCGCGGCUGGAGAAGGUUUCUCGACGCUUCCCCAACGACCAUGGGUCGACCACUAAUUCGGGCGCGUUGCUAGGUCUAACGAAGGUGUACGCCGACGAAGAGAGUUACAACUCCGGGCAUGGACAUGCAUAUGAUGCUUAUGGAGUCAACCCCGAGGAAGGCGCACUGGUUGUCGUACGGCCGGACCACUAUGUUGCAAAGGUCGCUGCUUUGGGCGAGGUCGACUCGAUACAACAGUUUUUUGAGGGCUUUUUAGUUCAGAGCGGGAUUUAA